CCGUCUCGAGGCGGCGACUGCGGCUGUCAACCCGAGCCUGAGCGAUCAUGGCAACGGGCUCGGGUGGGGAGCGCGUGGCAGCGGCGGCAGUUUGGUGGCGGGCCGGGGCGGCGGAGCGGCGGCGGCGGCGGCACUGGCACUGGCGCCGGCCCUGAGCGCCAUGCGGCGGGGCAGCUCCGAGAGUGAACUGGCGGCCCGGUGGGAGGCGGAGGCGGUGGCUGCGGCCAAAGCAGCGGCCAAAGCUGAGGCCGAGGCCACAGCGGAGACGGCGGAGGAACAGGUCCGCGUGGACUCGGGCGCGGCCGGGGAGCCGGAGCGCAAGGCGGGGGAGGAGCAGCCCAGGGCGGCCCCGGCUCGGGCCCCGGCGCAGCCCAGCGCGGUUGAGGAGGGGGACGCCCGGGUCCCUCAGCGGCCGCCGCCCACGCUGCCCCCGUCCAAGCCGAAGCCGGCGCGGGGCCUCUGCCUGCACGGGAAGCCCCUGGGCAAGGGCCGAAGCUGCAAGCGGAGCUCGGGCCACCGUUCCGGCGAGAACGGCUACCAGCGGCCGGUCACCGUGGACAGCUCCAAGGCCAGGACCUCCCUGGAUGCCCUGAAGAUCAGCAUCCGCCAGCUCAAGUGGAAGGAGUUCCCAUUUGGCCGACGCUUGCCUUGUGACAUCUACUGGCAUGGAGUUUCAUUUCAUGACAAUGACAUAUUCUCCGGUCAAGUGAACAAGUUUCCAGGCAUGACGGAGAUGGUGCGUAAAAUUACUCUGAGCAGAGCAGUGAGAACCAUGCAGAAUCUCUUUCCUGAGGAGUACAACUUCUACCCUCGCUCAUGGAUUCUGCCUGACGAGUUCCAGCUCUUUGUUGCUCAGGUUAGAAUGGUGAAAGAUGAUGACCCUUCCUGGAAGCCCACUUUUAUCGUGAAACCUGAUGGUGGUUGUCAGGGUGACGGAAUCUACCUCAUUAAAGACCCCAGUGACAUCCGCCUGGCAGGGACCCUCCAGAGCAGGCCGGCGGUGGUCCAGGAGUACAUCUGCAAACCUCUCCUUAUUGACAAGCUCAAGUUUGAUAUUCGUCUGUAUGUCUUACUCAAGUCCUUAGACCCCUUAGAGAUUUAUAUAGCCAAAGACGGACUGUCCAGGUUUUGUACUGAGCCAUAUCAGGAGCCCACCCCCAAAAACCUGCACCACAUCUUUAUGCACUUAACCAACUAUUCCCUGAACAUCCACAGCGGCAACUUCGUCCAUUCGGACAGUGCUAGCACAGGCAGCAAAAGGACUUUUUCCAGCAUCCUUUGUAGACUGUCUUCCAAAGGCGUUGACAUCAAGAAGGUCUGGUCUGACAUCAUCUCCCUGGUGAUAAAGACUGUCAUCGCGCUGACUCCAGAGCUCAAGGUCUUCUACCAGUCAGACAUCCCCACGGGGAGGCCAGGCCCCACGUGCUUCCAGAUUUUAGGCUUUGACAUUCUUCUAAUGAAAAAUCUGAAGCCUAUACUGCUUGAAGUAAAUGCAAAUCCCAGUAUGAGAAUCGAACAUGAGCACGAACUUUCUCCAGGGGUGUUUGAAAAUGUCCCCAGCCUCGUUGAUGAAGAAGUGAAAGUGGCUGUGAUCAGAGACACUCUGCGCCUCAUGGACCCACUCAAGAAGAAAAGGGAGAACCAGUCUCAGCAGCUUGAAAAAACGUUCGCUGGCAAGGAAGAUGCUUUGGAUGGCGAGCUGACCAGUGCUCCAGAUGGCAGCGCCAACCCUGAAGCCCACCUGCCCUCUAUUUGCCUCAAGCAAGUGUUCCCCAAGUACGCAAAGCAGUUCAACUACCUGCGCCUGGUGGACAGGAUGGCAAAUUUGUUUAUCCGGUUCCUGGGAAUCAAGGGGACAAUGAAGUUGGGACCAACAGGCUUUCGUACCUUCAUAAGGAACUGCAAACUCAGCAGCAGCAGCCUGUCCAUGGCCGCUGUGGACAUCCUCUACAUCGACAUCACACGGAGGUGGAACUCCAUGACCCUGGACCAGCGGGACUCAGGCAUGUGUCUGCAGGCCUUCGUAGAAGCCUUCUUUUUCCUGGCUCAGAGGAAGUUCAAGAUGCUGCCACUUCAUGAGCAGGUGGCCUCGCUGAUCGACCUGUGCGAGUACCACCUGUCCCUGCUGGAUGAAAAGCGCCUGGGGUGUGCCCGGGGCAUCCCCUCCGGGGGCCGACCCGCCCACCGUGGCACUCCCCAGGAGUCCUCCCCCUCGGCCCAGCCGGCUGGGGACAACUGCGCCAAUAAGCUGUCCCAUCCCAGACAUACCCUGUCCUGAGGGCCACUCUGUCUUCCCAGAAGAUGGAAGAUGAGGGCGACUUUCAGGGCUGCAGAGCCCCAGGCAUUCUGCCUGCAGAGGAAUGGCAGGCAAGCUGCCCCGCCCCCGCGAACCGUCUCUGCGUGUGGCUGAGCUGCGCUUCACCAGGUUGGCUGGUUCUCACCUGCCUUCCUCUCCGCACCUCUUGGUGAUACACCCUGUUUUUGAGUCAUCAGUGGACAUAUGACAUCUAAAAUGUGACAGAUGGCACUUUCUAUUCUGGGCUCACAGGAAGCACCAACUGGGGCAAAUCUGUUGUGUUUGGGGCCCGGGACACAAAUGAUCCCAAGGCCCGGAGCCAUGGAGAGGAAGCCGGGUGCUGGGAUCUGCCGAGGCCUCCGCACGCCCACUGGGAAAAGCCCGAGAACAUCGUGUUUAUUUCCUGCUGCCCGCUCCGUGAGAAGGAAGUGGAAAUAUCAAGUAGGCGUCUGCGAAUCUCCCAUCCCAAUCAUGUGCUACACGGGUGUAGUGAACAGAUUAGCCUCAUUUAGUUCAUUAGCUUGCCUGUUGCUGCAAUGUUUGGUUUGCUAUUAAUUAAGAAGUAAUUAAUCAAGAAGUAACUAAGACUCCUAGAGCCUCAGAGCUGGCAGGAGCCUCGGAGGUCAUUUUGUUUGACUGUGACCCCAGAGCAGGAAUCCUAUCUUUAGCCUCCCUGAUCAGAUGGUCAGAGUGGACCCCUGCAUAGGUGGGGUGCUGGUCACAUGGCCAGUGUGUCCACAAGAAGCACUGCCAGGCGUCCCUGCAUGCCCAGCACUGUGUUGGGAGCCCUGAGUAAGGGGAGGAAAUCAGACGUGGAUGAGAACCAGAGCGAGAGGAGUAGUGCCUGUCAGGCGUGGUGCCAGGGACAGGGGAGCUCGAGCUCUCUCUCCCAUGAGCCCCUUUCCUUGUCUCCAUCUGUAUCCCCAGGUAGCCCCCCUCUCAGAGGAAACACCUCGGAGGCAGCGGAAGGUGUCAUUUUGGAAACAGCCUCGGUCACGCCAGGGUGCAGGGCCCAUUGAAGAUAGGCAGACAGGACCUGGCAAAGCCAAGCUCUCCAGAGUGUGGUUGGAUUUGAGGUUAACAUGGCCCUUUCCUGGAGGGUCUCUUUAAAGGGUGCUGAGGGCCCUGGGAAGAGCCAAUCAUCAGGCUCCAAGCCAGGUGGAGGAAAGUCUUUGAGGCACUAGCACUGUGCCUGGUGCACAGAAGGACUCAGAAAAUGCUCAUAUUCCCGGCCAGGGAGAGGGGCGUGGGAGGCAGAGGCGCAUCCCAGACAAGCCCCUGUAGCUUUCUCCUUCCUGCCAACAUCCUGUCCUGCCUCCUGACCCAAGUCCCCUUCCCUCAAACUGAGAAGAACAGUUGACUCACGGCCUAGCCCACAGCCUGGUUCAUAACAGGGACUCAAAAGCAUCUGUGGAAACAAGUUACUUGAAUCCACCCUCCCCAGAGUAUUUUGAAACCCAAAGAGAAGGUUUUUAAUCCAAGGUGUCUCCUGUUGUUGGCAAGUGAUUUGAGAGCAGGGGCUGCUGUGUUCCUCCUUGCCCAGGGCUCCUUGCUGCCAGGAGCUUACCCUCCCAAGGAGGAAACCCUGUGUCCCCCGAUGUGGCUGCCAUGCAGCGCCCCUUCCCUGCCACUAACAGAGCCCAAAGGCUGCCACCCUUCCCCAGCCGAGAGGGGCUGUGGGCCCGAGCCCGGCAGAACCCCCUCUGGGCUGUUCAGUGUCAGCAGACUUAUGCAAUGACUUUAUUUUCCCAAGCAGAAGGCGGGAUAGGUGGGAAGAUGGCAUGGGCAGGAUAUGCCUGCUGAGGUGUGUCGAGUGCCCCCUGCAGGGGGCCCGGUGGUGGUGUCAUUGGCUCAGUUUCCCAGGUCCUAGGGCAGGUCCGUAUCGCUGCUCCCCUUUCAGAUGAGGAAAAGAAGGCCCAGGAGGCCACGUGGUCAGGACUCGGUCCAGGUCUGUCUGUCAGCUCCUUGUCCCUGGGUGAGCAUGAAUUCAGCUCCAUGUAGAGACCCCACAGGACUACCCUGCUCGGGGCUGCCUAGGGCCUGUCAUGGUCUGGUGGCAUGGGACAAGGUAGUCAGGACUCCGAAAUGGUCCAGUGUGAGAAACGAUGUUGGAAGCCCCCGUGCGGUUCUCCCAAUGCCCUUCGGCAGAACAAAUGUGUUUCCCAGAGAAAGGCCGGAGGAAAUGCGUCGGGGCACACUUGUCAUCAGCUGGGAGCCACCAAGAGUCUUAACAAAGCUGUCACUUUCUCGAGGUUGGUCUUUAGAAAGUAUUCAUUUGCCAAAAUGGAGUGCAAUGUUCAGGUCCAAAACCAGUCAAGCACAUACUGAAUAUUUUGAAAAAUAAAAUAAAGAGUUUGAAUUCCA